AUGACCUCGUCGUUCUCUGCGUCAUCGCCUUUUCUCCUUCUUGUUUACUUUGUACUCUCUUAUCUUCUCCUUCUAGUGCUCCUCCAAUGGCGUCGCCAGAAGGGCGGCGACAACAAGCGCCGCCUCCUCCCUCCCGGCUCCAUGGGCUGGCCUUACAUUGGAGAGACCCUCAAGCUUUACACCCAGAACCCCAACGCCUUCUUCUCCAUCCGCCAGAAACGGUACGGGGACGUGUUCAAGACGCACAUCCUGGGUUGUCCGUGCGUGAUGGUGACGAGCCCGGAGGCGGCGAGGGUGGUGCUGGUGAGCCAGGCGCACCUUUUCAGGCCCACGUAUCCGGCGAGCAAAGAGCGAAUUAUCGGACCAAGCGCUGUCUUCUUUCACCAAGGGGCCUAUCACUCCCGGCUCAAGAAGCUCAUUCAGGCCUCGCUCCUUCCUUCUUCCAUUAAAGGGUCUGUCUCCGAGAUCGAGCGCAUCGUCCUCGCGCUCUUGCCCGCUUGGAGAGAUCGCUCCAUCAUCAACACGUUGCACGAAAUGAAGAUGUUUGCUUUCGAUGUGGCAAUGAGUUCGGUCUUCGGAGGAGAUGUGGACCUCGAAGUGAAGAGCAUCAAACACUUGUAUCAACGCCUCACGGAGGGUUACAACUCCAUGCCUUUGGAUCUUCCUGGAACUCCCUUUCAUAGAGCCAUGAAGGCAAGGGGUCUCUUGAACGAGACACUGAGGGGGCUGAUAGAGAAGAGAAGAAGGGAGAGCGACAAGGGCGAGAGUGGAGGUUUGUUGGAAGUCUUGCUGAGGGCUGAAGACCCCAAAAUGGACCGGCUCACCGAUUCGCAGAUUGCCGACAACGUGAUCGGCGUCAUGUUCGCGGCUCACGACACCACCGCGAGCGUGUUGACGUGGGUGCUCAAGUACUUGCACGAUAACAGCCAUGUGCUCGAAGCUGUGACCAGGGAGCAAGAGGGAAUUCGACGCAAAUUGGUGGAAUCGAACCGCAGUCUUACUUGGGACGACACUAGACGGAUGCCAUUGACAAGCCGGGUGAUUCAAGAGACAUUAAGGACGGCAAGUAUACUGUCCUUCACAUUUAGAGAAGCAGCAGAGGAUGUGGAGCUCGAAGGGUACGUGAUCCCAAAAGGUUGGAAGGUCCUCCCUCUAUUCCGAAGCAUCCACCAUUGCGAAGAUUUCUUCCCUCAGCCCGACAAGUUCGACCCUUCGAGAUUUGAGGUGCCACCGAGGCCACACACAUACAUGCCGUUUGGUAACGGAGUGCACUCUUGUCCCGGCAGCGAGUUGGCUAAGCUGGAAAUGCUCAUCCUCCUCCAUCAUCUUACCAUCUCUUACAGGUGGGAAAUCACGGGGAAGGACGAUGGCAUACAGUAUGGGCCUUUUCCUGUACUGAAAGGAGGCCUACCCAUUCGAGUCACAGUCCGACCGUGGAACGAGAGGAGGAUGGACCGGAUCAUCUGAUGUAAUGUACGUGUUGUUUAAGGGUUCCAAUCCAAGACAUGAUUCUAUCUCUUGGCUUUUCAUUUCGUUUCUUUUUUGGGGUUGUUGGAGAAAUUGGCCAUUGAAGUUUA